CCACUAUCCAAAAUAAGAGCAUGGCUUAGGCAAAGUAAAAAGAAGAGGGGGAAACAGUUUAUUUUUUUAUGCGUAAUAGAUUUGAUUAACUCCAAGAAUUUCAAAAAUGUCUAUGCGACCUGAUGACCAUAGACGCAAAUGGAACAGAGAAGAAUAUGAAAGAAUAGCACUUCAACGUCUGCAGGAUGAAAUUGCAGAAGAAGAAUUGGGAAUUCCAAAACAACCAGCAGUAAAAAGAGAAUUGCUCAAACAAAGAGAUUACAAAGUUGAUCUUGAAUCUAAAUUAGGAAAAAGUGUUGUUAUUAAUAAAAAUACUCCAUCAUCACAAACUGGAGGGUAUUAUUGUAAUGUUUGUGAUUGUGUUGUCAAGGAUUCAAUUAAUUUCUUAGAUCACAUCAAUGGCACCAAACAUCAACGUAAUUUGGGUAUGUCAAUGAAAAUAGAAAGAUCUACAUUAGAACAGGUUAAAGCUCGCUUUGCAAUGAAUAAAAAGAAAUUGGAAGAAAAAAAGAAAGAUUACGACUUAGAACAAAGAGUAAAAGAAUUAAAAGAAGAGGAGGAGAAAAUUAAAGAAUAUAGAAAAGAGAAAAGAAAAGACAAGAAAAGAAAAAUUGAAGAAGUCAAUGAAGAUAAUGGAGGACCUUCAGAUGAAAUGGCAGCAAUAAUGGGUUUCUCAGGUUUUGGUUCUAAAAAAAAGUGACAAUGAAAUAUUAUCGGAUCAUUUGAUGAAAUAAUGCCUUCUCAAGAUGUAUCUUAAGAAAAGAUCACAAUUAAUUUCUUUAAAAUAUAUUUCAUUGAAGAAUCAACAUUGAACAUUACAAGAUCAGGGGUAAAUAAGACUGAUCUUAAUGUAAAAAUUUAGCUUUGUAAAUAUUUAAGUUUACAACAUAAUUUCAUUUAUUUCCUUUUUCUUGUAUGAUCAAUGUUUUGAAUGUACAAAUAAUUCUUAUUUCUAUCCAAUAUUGAACAACAAUUAAUUUCUUAAGCAUAAUGAAAGUAUGUUCAUUUAGUAAAUAAAAAAUACAGUAAAAGU